AUGCUGGAUCUGAAUAUUGAGGCAGCAGCAUCAGUUGACUCUAGCACGUGGGACGAUGAAACUGAUUACCACCGGAAAAUGGAAAUUACUCCGAUCAUCACCGUCGCAGAUGGUGAUUCCAUAACUUCCACCACCACCUCUGCCACCAACAAUAAUGCCGCUGCCGACGAACAAGACACCUACAGCUCCACCCACAGGAACUCGCUCUCAACUCUCAAUUUCUCCAUCCUGAAAACAAAUAUAAUAGAAAUUUCUGAUGAUCAAAGUAAUGAUGAUGAUAAUAAUAAUAACAACAAUAAUAGCGGUAAUGAGUUACAGCUUUUUCCGACGAGCACUUGUGAUUUAGGUUCUCCGCCGCCGGCGUCUAGGGCUAAAUUUUGGUUGAAUUUAUCGGUGCCGGAGGUUCCAGGAGAAUUGGGAAUUUACAAGGCUCCGCAUCAGCCGUCACAGGCUGUGAAGAAGAGUAGGCGUGGACCCAGGUCUCGGAGCUCCCAGUAUCGGGGAGUCACCUUCUACCGGAGAACUGGAAGAUGGGAAUCUCAUAUCUGGGAUUGCGGUAAACAAGUCUAUUUAGGUGGAUUUGACACAGCUCAUGCUGCAGCUAGAGCAUAUGAUCGGGCUGCUAUCAAGUUUCGAGGAAUUGAUGCUGAUAUCAAUUUCAAUAUCAGUGAUUAUGAAGAGGACAUGGAACAGAUGAAGAACAUGAAGAAAGAGGAAUUUAUUCAAAUUCUUCGUCGCCGAAGCACAGGAUUCACUCGAGGAAGUUCAAAAUACAGAGGAGUGAGCCUGCACAAAUGUGGUCAAUUUGAGGCUCGGAUGGCUCAAUACCCUGGGAAUAAGUCUUGCGACAAGACUGCUAUAAAAUCCAGUGGGCUAGAAGCUGUCACCAACUUUGAGCCUGGAAUCUACGAGAAGGAGAUAAAUAUGGCUGCGGGAGCUGGAGGCAUAGGUAGUGGCAACAGUCUUGAUCUCAACCUUGGAAUUUCUUGCCCAUCCGAUGGUCUACAAGGGUACUGCAAUACCAGAAAUAUGCACUUCCAUUAUGGUUCACGCAAACUGCCUGAUGGAAAAAGAAUAAAGGAAGAGAGCUCCUCUGCUGCACAUGGUCUGGUGACGGCGCCCAAGUAUGCACCCAUGUGGACUGGGGUCUAUUCCACUUUUCCACUAAACGAUAAGGAAAGAGCUGCAGGAAUGAAUACGGAAGCCAAUGCUUUGCCCGUAUUCUCAAAUUGGCCAUGGAAAAUGCAAAGCCAUGGUGUCGUCACCCCAGUUCCGCUAUUGUCUUCUGCAGCAUCAUCAGGAUUCGAGUCAUUAGACGUCCCAACUACAUUUUCAUGCAAUACCUUACAGCGCCCUCCAACAACCCUCAACUACAAAUAA